CUGGCUGUCUACCGACUCGGGUGUUAUCCCGAGGAACGCGCGCAAGUACUCAACAUUUAUUGUCAGCGCACGUCGUUGUUGCGCGUUAUCGUGCUAUGCGCUAUCACUCCAGUCCCCGCUUUCGUACUUGCUAUAAUUUUGGAAAUUCUUCCACUGCGCGAUCCGUCUGAAGGCUGGAAAGCAAACUACGUGGUGUGGAUCAGGUUG